CUCAAGGGCACCAGUCAUAAGCUAACUUUAGCAGGGGCACGUGUGUUCCGGCAGUAUCGUUAAAUCAGAGGGUUUUGUGUUUAUUUCUGGUAGAAAUGGACGGGUUCGGUUCUGAUUAUUCAGCGGGAGGAGCAGGUGCAGGUAAAAUGGACACCGGUACGAUUAUAGAACAAGUGAAGGUCCAGAUUGCGGUGGCUAACGCACAGGAGCUACUUCAGAGGAUGACCGACAAGUGCUUCAAGAAGUGUGUCUGCAAACCUGGAAGUACGCUGGAUAACUCUGAGCAGAAAUGUAUCGCCAUGUGUAUGGACCGUUAUAUGGACUGCUGGAAUAUUGUGUCCCGUACGUACAACUCCAGAUUACAGAGGGAACGGGCUCGAAUGUGAAUGCACUGUACGUUGUCGUUCUCCUCCUCGGACCUCACAGAUUUAAGUUGAAGACCACAGGGUGCCUCAAACAGCACCGUGUGUGCGCGGAUGCAUCAGCAGCAGCAGCAGCACACAUCAUGAUAAUAUUACAUCACGGACGAGCAGGCGGAGCCUGUGGACACGAGUGUGGACAGUGUCUCUGUGGGCAAAUUCAUUUUGCUCUGAGUUGAGUAACUAUUUUAAUACUUGUUUGGGCUUUGACAUUAUAAUCUGAUGGUAAAUAAAUAUGAAAUUUCUGAAGCAGUUUUGAAACUUUCAGAACAAAUCCAGGAAGUGUUUUGAAAUACUUUGAAAAUUGCCGUCUUGAUGUUGGUGCAAGUCAUACUGUCAGAACUUUGUGAUGCAUUUGUUUUAAGUAAUUUGAAAUGGAAGUUGAACACGUAGCUGAUGUCUCAAAAAUCAGAUGUAAACCCUUUGCUGGUUAUGUUUGGAGCAGCUUCAACUUGGGAGUUGAAAUCUGUACAAAACUUUCAGGCAAAAGUAUGCAUACAUAGGAUGUCGUUAGAGAUCAGUUGAAUGCUGAGGAAGGCAUGGCUCCAGCUGCACCGCCUGUCAUCGGUGGUGGCUACACAGGUCUGCGCCUGCUGCAGUCAUCACGCCGGCCACACAAGCGUCUGCUAACGGUUACCACAACCGUCAGGUUGUAACCAGCCACAACUCUGCCUCGCUAGCGAGUUUGUGCUUUUUAGCUGCAGAUCUCGCAUCAGGUAGCCACAUUCUCACAGCUAACGCCAUGGUACUUUACUGUGCUUCACGUCAGGAGCACAACUUUUUUUUCUCGUGUAAUUUCAGCACACUCGCAGUACGUGAACGGUGCUGUCAGGGCGAGUGGACAGUGCACUUUAUUCCAAAACAGAAGGUUCCAGGUGCAAGACCACCUGUACCACAUUCUCCAUGGAAUGUGGAACUGUCAGGAAGUGCGUCUCACGUAAAACUUGUACCAAAUGAAGAUUCUUGUCUGACCUGCUGUGCUGACAGCGCCCCCACAAGCAUAAAGGAAGAAGCUGGAAGGUCUUACUGUGCAGCACAUGAACAAAAAUACGUGAAGUGCAGUAACCACAUUUUAUAUCAACUGUUAUGUGAGAGAAUAAAAAUUGAAUGAGGGUCA